CACUCUGUUUGGUCGCUGUCAAAGCGAAACGAGCGGGGCAGGCGGCGACGAGAGAUCUCCACGACGUGCAGACAAAAGCUAGAGGCAGGAGUGAGGCCAAUUACGAUUCGUCUUGGCUACGUGUUGGUACUCUGUUUACUCUACAACUCGGUCUAUAGCAGCACAAAGUCUAGUUGAAGAGAGUCAACCGCGGAUGGCUCGGAACAAGGAGCAGUGGAAAGCCCAACAGCGAGCGCAGCAUAAUCAAACCCAGUCAAAGGGCUUCGUUCAGAUGAAAAGGCCACUACCGCAUCCACCUGGUGUGAGGCCCAUGGCACCGCCAGCGAGCUCCGCACUCUUCCUGUUGGGUAGACCCGCUAAUGGAGCUCCUGUGGUUGCAGCAGUACAACCAGAAGUUUUCAAGCCUGAUCCAAUACAAACGCCAAGUCAAAAUGGUAGCUCAUCAGGUGAAGCAAUCGACUUGACUCUGGACGGAGACGAUGAGGAAGAGGAUGAGCCGAUGGGGGCGCAACAAUCAGUAACUGCCGCUGCUACGGCUGCUACUGUGAGCUCUGCAGCUGCAGGCACUGCGAAGUCGAGUACGUUGAACGGCAAUGAGAAAGAGAAUGCAUCCGUGACACAGUCACUGCAAGCGACGUCGGACAUGAUGGUGCCAGAAGUGGAAGAAAACGAGUCGGACGUGGACGAGGACUGGCCAGUUAUGCCGUCCAUAACGUCGUCACCUCUGCCAGUAUCGUUGGCUUCUUCUGUACAUGAUCUGGCGACUUCGUUGACGUCUCAGUCGGUUCCAUUACCUACGACGACGCCGGUAAGUGAACAGGCUUCUCGUGGCGAGACACAGAACGAUGUUGGAGCGGCGUUGGAUGCUAUCCGCCAGACAACCCCAUUUUUUCAGGACAAGCAGGAGGAAAGUGAUCUGGAGCGAAGUACUCAGAUGGUAGCGACUAGACAGCAAACUUCUACGCCCCCUUUGUAUGGCGAUGGUGAUGACAGAAUGGAUGUGGAUGAAGACCUUCCUAACCAGACGCAAGAAGCAGAAGAAGACACUACGGACUCACCGUCAACUACAGAUCGAAUGGUUGAAGCUGAGAAUUUGGAGGAUGGAGAGAUAUUCGAGGAAGGAGCGGCUCCAAAGCCGUCGAUGCAGGUGCAACAGUCGAUGAUCCGAGGGAACCGACCAGAACAAUUUAACGCGUACCCCAUGGACUCGAUGGGAAUUCGUCCUCACCAGCGCGUUAAGAAGCAGAAAAAGCGUGGCAAGAAGAAGAGCAAGCGGAAGCUGGAGGCGAUGCAGAUGAUGCACACAUCGCCAGGUGAAAUGGCGCCCGACUUCGAGCGGAUGAAUCGUCAGCGGCCAUUUGCAGAUGCUCUACCACCAGAACAAUACACGCUUGCAAUGAUGAGGAACGACUCAAGAAGCAACUCAAUGAACAUUCGUCCCGUGUUCCGAGAUCCACCUUCAGCUUCAUUUCAACCAGGACGUCCGGUUGUUGGUGGUCUGUAUCCUCCAAUGAGACCUCCACCACAACAGCUACAGAAUCCCCGAAUGCCACCGCCACCUCCUCCUCUGUACGAAGACAGCCAGAUUUUGCGCGUGAAUCGUCAAGGAGGUAUGGAAAUGCUUGCUGGCGAGGCUGGACGACUCUCCCACGCAAUGUUCUCGGAACCUCCAGUGCAGGGAGGAUUUAAGUAUCGAUCGGUGUCGAUAACUCCACCCAGGCCCAUGACAGGUGGGACAAGUCCUUCAUUGCAGCGCUCCGUAAGUGACCAAUCGCACCUUCCUCCAAUCCCCCACCAAAGUCAUGCUGCUACCCCCAGCCCGGUUCGCAACAAGGAGCGCAAUGACUCCGCUGACUUGGACCUUGACACCCUUCGAGCUGCUGCCCUUCGAAGUAAGGUUAACCGGUCUUUGAAGUCGUCAUCGUCGACUCCGACACCUACAGAGGUGUCCGUGGUGGAUUCUUCUUCAUCAUCGUUAUCGUCUUCAUCUCCUGCCCGACCAACUCACGACGAGGGGAAACGCUCAGUUUCAGAGCCAGCGAGUCCCAAUAGCGAAAGCGAACUUCGCCUGGAGAUUUUACGAUCCAUGACGCGAAACCGGAAACGAGCUGUUACGAAGGCACCCGAUGCUGCUCAAGUGCUGACGCCGUCCUUUGGUGAGUCGAAUGCAAUUGACAGUCCCGAACAGAGUACUUGCGCGAAGGCUGUGGGCGAAAAUGUGGAUAACUUGGCCAACGAGAAAUCUUCAGUAGCCCAGACGGAGCCGACUGUGGUAGCAAAGUCGCCAAAGUCAACGCAGCUGAAGACAAAUGAUGUGGCCGACGCUGAGCGUAUGGUGAUUGAUGAGUCCUCCUCUGAGACAGAUAAAUCUCCUGCUACAUCGAAGUUAAAUGGAGGAGGAAACAAGGCAGAGACUUCUUCGUCCAGAGCGUCGGAAUUAGCAAAACCUUCAGCUGGACUGACUGUGAAAACUCCAGAGUUCCGUCCCCUGACUGCAUGCUCCCAGUCGCUAGUGAUUACGCUCAACCCGGAUGAUUUUUCACCACGCAAUGGCGAAGACGAUACACGCACCAAAUCAACGGCGUCAAGCAGCUUACAAGAUGCAAUAAAAGAGAUGCGACAAAAGAUUGCUGAGCGUGAGAAAGAACAGACGACUCGCUUGUUGGAGAACGCGGCAGCAAGAAUAUUCAAGCAUCCUUCAGGGUCCUCAUCCAGUCCCGCGUCGUUAUCAUCGACUCCACAUCGUUUGUCUCCGAAGAAGAAGGUGAGUUCUGUGGUUACUCUGUUGCCAGGUGCGUCAGGGAAUGCUCCUGAGGUGAAAUCCUCUGCUAUCGGCAUUGCCAAGAAACCACCACUUGGGCCAGUUGCAGAGGAAUCCAAGAUAGCUACCGUUUCCAAGAGCGCGCAAGCAAUCUCAGGUGAAGGAAAGGAGAAGCCUAGUCAACAGAGGCCGUCGCCUGAAAUCCUUCCAUCGACCGAAGCAGCGACAGCGAAUAAAGCACCGGAGAAACCAGUGUCGAAGUCCCAAGAGCGUGGCGAUUCUUCAGCGGUCAGUAUAAACGUCGAUAUGUACAUUUUGUCUCCUGUAUUGCAGCCUCAGGUACCGGCGAGCAGUGAUGGGCAAGAUAGAGAUCGGGCGAGCCAACCUUGCGUAAGAAAUCUUUUGAGCCUGUCGCGGCGGCAUAACGCCUACUGCGGGUGAGUCGUGUAUUUGGGCACCAACACUAAUCAAUUGUUUUGUGUGGUUUCUUUGCUCUUGCGAUAGGAUGUCUCGACAAAGUCAGACGGUGAUGUACGAGCCGAGAACUUUAGCAAUGCCCUUAGACGAGCUUCUACGGACGCCUCGAUGCCGGACGAGGCUGAGCUUGACUUCGAUGCGAUAAGAGCGGAGUUUGAGCAAUGCGAAAUGAAUAUCGAGGAGGCGGAUGCUCAGAUAGCGCGGCUAUCGGACGAAAUGGCUCAGCUGCAGAAGUUGCUGCCAGUUGAGUCGACAAUGGGAGGAGCGUAAGGCUACAGCACCGUCGCAAUGUGGAUAUCUAUGCCCUGAGGCUCGUGAAGCUUAGUUUUGUUUGCGUGUAUUGACGAGAGGGGCUUGCGAUUGGCGCUGAAAAUAUGGUGAGGAUGUAGUCUAGUGGAGUGCAGAGUUCGCCUGAUGGGCUGAACACGCUGAUCGUCAUUGCAGACGCACUACUCACGCCGAUGAGUUUGUACGCAGUAGGAGAAGGACGAGAAGAGCAGUUUUUCAUGUAUUUAUCGGAAUGAACACUUUUCAUGGGUGAUCCA